AAUUACGCAGCGCGCCCUCAGAAACUUUGGCACACCUCCACUGUAUAAUCCCAAGUGUCAGCACUGUCCUUUACAUCAACCGCACGGUGACGUCUGCACACGCCGCUAUGAGUCAAGACACAAUGCGAGGAAAUCCCCAAGGCCGAGAAAACGACGAGAGGCCCCUUUAAAUCGACGCUUCCUCGGCGUUAGUGCCAAGAGAGAGAGAGCUCUGAUAAACAACAACACUGCUCUCAGUUCAGCCGCUUUUACCGGAUUCAGCUCUUUACUGCGGCCUCGUCCAGGAAGAGGUGAGCUGAUAUUUAUGAUAUCGAACAGUAUUUGUAGAGGAUUAUAGCGAAGGGGCGAUCAGUUCGUGUUGAUUGGAGAAGCGGGCGGAAAGGCAGUUUAGAACAGCUACGAGGACUUUCUCUCUGCUCCCAACGUUUGGCCGUCUGUUGUUCAUACAUUCGUUGUUGAAUGCCAUUGCGGAAGUGAGAAGCCUUUCGACUCGACACAAAGCUUGGGGCUGCGCGGACAUCUAGCGGCCGAUCAGGAGAAGGCAGCCUCGUAGAGAUGUACGGAGCUUCAGGUAUCCCAGAGCUCAUCCCGCCCAGCGGGCCGCCGAGGCAGCCCGGCCCGGCGGACCAGUACAACCCGGGACACCCCCAGGUCAACGGGCACGGCGGCGAGGCCAACCCUCAGAGACUGGGGCAGAGGGCACCAAAGCUGGGCCAGAUCGGUCGGUCCAAGAAAGUGGACUUGGAGGAUGAAGACUUGGAUGACAUCAUGAACAACAACGGGCAGUGUCCUGUAUCCCUGUCGCCCAUCUCCUAAACUUCACCAAGAAGUGCCAAAAGAAAAAAAAAGGAAAAUCCCCCGGGACGCCAAAACUCCCCGUCAGUGAUUUUGGCCUCGAGCCUGUCCAAGUGUCCUACUGAAGCUUCUUCUGAUGGCUGCACAAACGGCACAAAAAACCCGGCUCAUUUAGCGCCAGCUGAAGCCUACAGGCCCUGAUUGUACAUAGUGUUUAUUUAAACUCUCCUUUGGUCAGACUGUGAAUGAAUUGUAUUGCAUCGGCCCUCUACUCUAUACCUCGGUAGGCGGUAGACUUUCAGGACUCGAGUAAGGUUUUGGAGGAAGUGUCUAUAUUUUUCAAAGCUUCUUAACAAGGGCUACGUUUCUAAAGUUGCACUGAGCAAAGCGUUAGAUGAAAAGCAGCUUCUCACCUGCCUGUUUUUCCGGACGAGGGUUUCCGAUUGGCCGUGGGCUGGCUGUGCGGGGAGGGGGGGGGACACACGCCUGUUAAUGUGUGUACCACACGGGUGAAAUGUUAAGCUUUUGGUUGUGCAAUGACUAUCAUUCUCUACUCUCACACUGAUGAAAGUGGUGUACUAUUAUCCAGUGGAUGGAAGCUCGCUAUUUACAGUAAAGGAAAAAAAAACUACUGCUAAUUAUUUAUUGUUUUAAAAAAGAAAAUGAGAAGAAACACUUUGUUGUGUUGUUAUGGCUUCUUCAUGUUUUUUACUUGUUUCUGAACGGAAAUGCUUCUAUAACUGAGAUUUUAUUAUGUUUCCAAAUGGUGCACUUUGUGGGAAUGCCUGUUAUGUGCAGUGACAUGUUGCAGAAUUCUAUGCAUGGAGUCUGUUUAAGCAUCAAAAACACGUAACUGGUAUCCUGUUUAUUAAGGGCUAUGUAGUAGUAUUUUUCGAGCCACGCCACCGUUAUGCUCUUUAAAUCGCGCCGAGUCAACAUUUUCCUAAGCUCUAAGCGAUCUGCAGACUCGGCAGUAAAAUAUCGUAAACAACCACAGAUUUAUAGAGGUUUUGUUUGUUUUGGACGCACAGGGUUUCCCAGUUGGCCAGACAACUGUGAUUAAAAAAAAAAGACACGUACAGUUCAAAAUGUUUUGAAUAAAUUGCCAAAUGACAUUCGAUGCGAUGUCAGGUUGAUGAUUAAAAUGGAUUGGCACACGGACACGUCAUGAUGAACGGCACUUACUUUGAGUGAAGUUACACAGCAGCCGUCUGCUCGUUGAGCUUACACCCUUAUGGCUUCACAGUGUCUUUCAGGUUCAGGUGAACUAUUUAAAGCUAAUGUCGACCUCUACUUUAUAAUUACAGUAUGAGAUCAUGAAAACAAGCAUGAGCUCUCACUGCUGAGACAAUCUUAACACUGAUGUUGUUUUCGUUUUGUUUUUUUAAAGAUUGCAGUGAACCUUGAAAUGACAUAUUAUUGUCUGUAAAGGCUCAUGCUGAUGUCAUGUUACUUAGUUGGCUGUGAAAUUGUUACUAGUUCACUUUUACUGUUUUUGCGUCAUGGAAGCGCUGCAUUUCACAGCUCAUGAUUCAAAGAUCGCUGUUUGGGUUGUGGUUUACCAUUUGCAUGGAAAUGGUCGACUUUUCUUAAUGCAUCUCGGGAAAUAAAAGAUGAAUCUUUGUGGAA